AAAAAAUCAAUUAGUUCUACUUAGCUGCUACUGAAAAAGGCAUAGUAAUGCUUUAAUUUAAAAGUAAUUUACACAGAAGCGAGUAACUGUAGAUAUAUCUUCACAAAAAUUAAGACCAAUUCAAACCUAGUAUAUAAUCCUAUAAAAUCAUCUGGAAGAAAUGAAGUGGAAAAAUGAAACAUUUCAAAUGGCAUUCAUCCUCCUUGGGUUUUCCAGCAUGCCAAAUAUUGAAUUGCUUCUAUUUCCAAUAGUCCUGGUGAUGUACUUUGUAACAAUGACUGGAAACAUCCUCAUCAUAUUUAUAGCUAUGAAAGACCCAGCCCUUCAGUCACCUAUGUACUUCUUCCUAAGAAACUUAUCCUUCAUUGAGAUAUGCUUUACUUUAGAUACAAUCCCCAAAAUGCUAGUUAACCUACUGUUGAGAGAUAAAAGUAUCUCCUACACAGGUUGUGCAAUUCAAAUGUUUUGCUUCUUCUACUUUGGAUGUGCUGAGUGUUUCCUCUUAGCUGCCAUGUCCUAUGACCGUUAUGUUGCCAUUUGCAACCCACUGAACUAUGCCAAUCUCAUGAGCAGGAGCUUCUGUCAGAAGUUGGUUGGUGGAGUUUGGCUGAUUGGUAUUCCUGUCUCAUUGUUGCAGGCAGCCUGGAUCUUCAGCCUUCCAUUCUGUGGCAUGAAAAAAAUUAAUCACUUCUUCUGUGAUGCCCCUCCUGUAUUGAAGUUAGUCUGUGCUGAUACUUCUCUUUUUGAAAUGCAAGCCAUAGUCUCUACACUUGUAUUCCUUAUGUUUCCUUUUGCACUGAUUUUGAUUUCCUACACCCGUAUCAUCAUCACCAUCAUCACAAUACCUUCAGCAAUAGGCAGGCAAAAAGCCUUCUCUACAUGUUCAUCUCAUCUAAUUGUGGUGAUAUUAUUCUAUGGAAGUGGGAGCAUUGUUUAUCUAAGGCCCAAUUCCACCUAUUCACCAGAAAUUAAAAAAAUGUUAUCUCUGUUCUAUGCAGUCCUUACUCCCAUGCUAAAUCCCAUUGUCUAUACUCUGAGGAACCAUGAAGUGAAAGGAGCACUGAGGAGAAUUCUAAGAUAUAAAAGUUUCUCAUAGGCUAUAUCACUUACGCAGAGACCUUUCAUAAAUAGCUUGGAACCUAGUCUACUUCAUUCUGCUCUGAAAAGAUCACUUAGAAAUCUAUGUGGAAGUGGUAUACUUUUUUUCUCAGCAUACUUAGCCAUGGUUGUAUUUUCCCAUCCUCUUGGUGUACAUAAAAGUAAAUGUUUGACAGUUAUAUAUUUAGAAUGCUACAGUGCUAUCAAAUGCUUGGAAGAGACCAUCUUCUCACUGACUCAGUUCUAAGGCCUAGAAGGAAUCAGGAUAAAUCAAAUGAAGUAUACUGAUAGUUACAAAUUUUGAUAGCAUUCUUAAAAUUCCAAGGAAUGCUUCACAACAAAUUGUAAGACAUAAAAUUGUAAGCCAUAAAAAUGUAAUUCUUAUGGUUCAAAUGUAUAUAUUUUAAUAUAAUUUGAAAAAAGUGUCUUUUUUCUUUAUAUGCAUUAUUGCAUACUGUUUCUAUCAAAGAUACUAAGUAAGUA